UUAGUGGUGGAAGAGUAAAUGUUACAGGUGUUGACAUCGGAUCCUAAACCCGCUGAAAACAAUCGCUCCGAACAGUUUCUUAUGUAGACCGAGACCGCUGUCGGGGAUUUCAGCUGUCACACUUCCCCUGAGGGGGCUGGAGACGCACUGGUGCACACAACAACGCCACAGAAGAUGCACUCUGUGGUUGAAGCAGAAGAACCAUGAAAAUGAUCUCCUCCGGCAUUCCUCAUCACUAGCCGGGCAGCAUGGCUCCUGCUCCUCCUUCCAGAGAGGACACCAGCAGCUCAUUAGCUCUGCGCUGGAGGCUAACGCCGACAUAAAUAACCACCAACUUCUAACUGAACUGAAUCAGGCUAAGCCGCACUCCUCUACAUCUAAGCAAAUCCCCUUCGGAUCUGUGUGAAUGAACAGGACUCGCCGUGGCGGAGCAGCGCAUGUCCAGGAGUGUCACAUUGCUUCGGUGUGGCAUAUGGAGUGAAACUUUGGACCAUGUUCUGGCUCUGAUCUGGUGCUCAGGUGGCGGAGCUGGACCGUGCGGCUCCUCCACACCUCGACAAGCUUGGACUCUGAGCCAUGUCUCUUCUGUCGGCACUAAGCAUCGUCUGUGGAUUGAUGCUCCAUGUUUGUUUCAGUUCCCUUCAUACUCACUAUUGCGCCCCACGUAAGACCGUCCCCUACCAGAUAGAUGACCUGAAGUCGUUCAGAGAAGACGGGAUCUUCAAUUACUCAACUAUGCUGAUCAGAGAUGACCUGGGCGUGUUGCUGCUGGGAGCAAGGGAGGCCAUCUAUGCUCUGGACGUAAACAACAUCUCUGAAAAAAAGUCUGCGGUAUAUUGGCGAGUGACGGAGGAGAAGCAGAGGGAAUGCACAUACAAGGGUAAACAUGCAGAGGUGGAAUGCCGAAACUACAUCAGAACCCUGCACAGUGUGAACGACACUACAGUUUACGUGUGUGGCACGAAUGCUUUUAGUCCAACCUGCGAUUAUAUGACGUUUGCUAAUGGGCAGCUGAUGCUGAAGGGAAAGCAGGAGGAGGGAAAGGGGAAGUGUCCUUUUGAUCCCUUUCAGAGAUACUCCUCCCUCAUGGUUGGAAAUGACCUGUACUCUGCUACAUCCAUCAAUUUCUUGGGCUCUGAGCCGGUGAUUCUGCGCAGCUCAAACUUGGCUCUUCGCUCAGAGUUUAAGAGCUCUUGGCUCAGUGAGCCUAACUUCGUUUACAUGGACUUUGUGGAUGAAAGCACUGCUAGUGUGGAUGGGGACGAUGACAAGGUGUACUUGUUCUUCAGCGAGAACGCCAUGGAGUAUGACUUCUACAGCAAAGUUGCAGUAUCACGAGUGGCUCGUGUCUGCAAGGGAGAUAUGGGCGGCCAGCGGACACUGCAGAGGAAAUGGACGACGUUCCUGAAAGCUCGUCUGGAUUGUUCCUUCCCUGAACCCAGCCUGCCCCCCAUUGUCCAGGAUGUCUUCCUGAUGAAGCACGCAGACUGGGGGAAGAGCGUCUUCUACGCCGUCUUCACACCUCAGUCGGGGCUGUCCCAGGUCUCUGCAGUGUGUGCAUACAGCGUGUCUGCUAUCAGGGAUAUUUUCAACGAGGGAAAGUUUAAGACGCCUGUUGCCGUGGAAACGUCCUAUGUGAAGUGGGUGAUGCACACCGGUGAGGUGCCGGUUCCCAGACCAGGAGCGUGCAUCAACAAUGUGGCCCGUAACAUGGGGAUCAAUCGCUCUCUGGAACUUCCAGACAAAACCCUCCAGUUCAUCAGGGAUCGCCCUCUGAUGGAUGAAGCUGUUCGUCCGCUGACGGGGAAGCCGCUGCUGGUCGAGAGCGGGGCUCUGCUGACUCGGAUUGUGGUGGACAGCGUGUUGGCUCUUGAUGGACAGAGACAUGAUGUCAUGUUCAUUGGCACUGAAAAUGGUUAUAUUCAGAAGGCUGUCAAUUAUGACGGAGAGAUGCUCAUCAUCGAGGAGAUACAAGUGUAUGAAAACCCUGAACCCAUCAGCAUCCUGCGCCUCUCAUCCAAAAAGUCGCAGGGCCAGCUGUACGUUGGGUCGGAGUUUGGCGCUAUCCAGAUGCCGGUCAGUAACUGCAGUCGCUACCAGAGUUGUGUCGACUGCAUCCUUUCCAGGGACCCGUACUGCGCCUGGGACCUUUCAACUACACAGUGUUCCUCCAUCUACAGCUUAACUCCUUCCUCAAAUACCGCAUUACAGAGUCUGAAGGAGGGAAACGUGUCGCAGUGUCCUCUGCCACCCGAUCGAGUGGCAGCUGUCGACGUUGCCCUAGUUCCAGGGAACAACAUCAAGCUGCCGUGCCAACUUCACUCUAACCUGGCACACGUCCGCUGGAGAUUCUCCGACAAAGCACUCGAGUCCAACGACAAAUACUACAUCUACAGUGGAGGCCUCCUCAUCUUGAACGCAUCUGAAUUGGACGCAGGCCUGUACGUCUGUGACUCAGUGGAGCAGAUUAACAGCAGGACAUACAACCGGACCGUGGCGGUUUAUCAUUUACAGCUGCACUCAGAACCAGAAGUGGUUACCCCUACUCCUAGCAUCACUGUGACAAAGUACUUUGAAUCUAUUCACACUUUGAAUACAGCUGCCACAGAACCGGCGCCAGGGACUGGCGAUGAGGACCCAUUGUCCCCCGAGACUCAAAGCACAGUCGGCAGAAUAGGCCGUCUGGAGGUGGCCGUGGCCCUCCUGGCGCUUCUUUCCCUCUCCCUAAUUGGGGUCAUAAUUUGGUUCUGGAGUCGAGGCCAUUGGAAGUGUUUGAAGUUUGCGCAGAGCUCCAAGGACAGCGAGAGCAGAAACCCGUCAGCAGACUACAUGCACAUCCAGAACAGAAGCUCAGAGAUACAUUUCCUGGGGCCUGAGUCCAGGAUACCUUGCACUGGCAAUAAUAAUCACACUGCAGUUGAUUUCAAAGGGAACGGGGAGCACCACUUCACACCUAUGGCCAACAUUUCAAGUUUGGACGGUCUGGGAUACAUACACGAUGAGUCUGAAAUUUGAGGCUGAGGCAGACUUCAAUCCACUACCUUCACCAAUGCACUAGUCAUUUUUCGUAUAGAUGGCUUUACUUCCACUGUCAGUGAUGAAAUAGUUUUCACAAAAUAAAUUAUUCUGAUGAGUGUACCGUUUCUCCUGGUGAACUUCUUACACUGUUUAUCACUUCAUACCCUCACAAGGCAGCUGAUGUUCUGAGGAGACAUAACCGGUGGACUUUCUGCUCCAGCAAAAACUGUUGAAAUGUUUUUAUAAUCAUAUUUUUGUAUUGUAACAAGUUGUGAAUUCAAUUUGUGUAAUAUUGUGUACAGCCACUAACAUUUUUGACUAUUUAUUUGGGGCAAUUAAGUUUUUAUUUCACUUAAUUGAAGUCUUUUUUUUUUUUUUAAAUAAUGUUUGCAACAUCUCAUUCAGUCAUUUAUUACUGUUUACUGAAGAUAAAAUUGAACACUGAGACUACUCUACCCAUCAUGGGCUGUGUUAAUCAUUCAUCAACAGCCUGAGCCACUUUUAUUUCCUGGUUGGUGUUUAAAAAUGAAUAUACCUCUGCUUUCAAGCACCAAAACGUCCUUCACACAGAUGUACAAAACCAUGUUGAUGUCCUAUGCGCUAUUAGAAAAGAGUAUCCCAUUUUACUCCAAUAAAUGUAUCACAUUUAAGGUUAACUCCUGUUGCUGCAACCAGGAUGUUUGAUAUUUUGUCCACACCCUUUUUUUUUUUUUUUUUUUUAAAUUGCAAGCAUGUUGUAUUCUCACUGUCAAAAACAAAUGUAAUUGCAAUGUAAAUGUGUCGAUUUAUCCCAGUCACCAAAUCCUCUGACAGACUCAGGACAUGAGAGAACUUUGUUAAAGCUGAAUUGUUUAAAACAGAGGGCAAAAAAAUACUUGAGUAAGGAGCUCUAAGUGCAUCUAGCUGUCGGUGAUUAUUUUAGGUGAAGCAGCUGAAAAGUUUGUCAAAGCCGUGCAAGUGAUGUCCUUGUUUGUAGGGAGGGACAGCAGACUCACUCAACAGUCAGGGGCUUUUUUUUUUUUUUUUUUCCAAAUUGGAAAAAAAUAUGAAUGGGAAUAGUGCCAAUUUAUUAUUUCUGUUAAACAGCAGUACUUUAAACUCUGUUAUUUCAUCUCAAACACUAGAUAUGGAAAGAGUGAAGGGGGACUAUGGUCAAUUAUUCAUCGGUGCGGGUUAGGACGGUUUCAUCAACAUGCUUAUUGGGAAUAAAAGAAAUAUUGACAGUG